AUGCAAGUCCCAGAAACAGGGCCCAAUACAAGUCCAUCCCGGUCAUUCACCCUCUUUCCUCUCCUUCCCAGCGAGCUCCGCCUCCAAAUUUGGACCCUCAUCCUUGUUUCCUCCCUGUCCGAAUGCCGCAUCGUCUCCAUAACCUGCAACCGCGAGGUCCACCCAGUCAACCGCCGGCGAUACGCAAAGUCGUUCUCUACUUCUACCAGCAUUCCAGCCCUGUUACACGUAAACCGUGAAGCACGGAGCGAGGCGUUGCGCGUUUACCGGCCGUCCUUUGCUGGGAUACCAACUCUACCCCUCGAACCACAGGCUCGAUCUGAAACGUCGGAUCCACAGCACGAAAUUCGGCCUCAGUCCGAGGUUGAGGCUGAGAAUGUGCCGACCGAGAAUGUACAAGUGCAUACCGCAGAUCCAAGGCCAAUCUACAUAGCAUUCAACCAUGAAACUCUUCAGCUCCGCGAAGACGUGCUCUCCUACAUCCCCGAGCCAGAACUGCGCCUUAUAGAGCGGAUGAUAGUCGGAAUUGCCGAUUUACAAUACUUUGGACACUUUUAUUUGGACGUUAUACGGCGAAUGAGCAGGUUGAGGAAAUUGGAGUUAAUUGUGGGAGUUACGCGCAGUGAACACUUACUCGCUGGAACCGGACGAUCGACUGAUGUUGGCGAAGCUGAGAACAUUGCUAACGUUUGGGAGACGAUGAGGAGGUUUGAAUGGGAGGUGGAACUGCUAAAGGAGGUGUUUAGGGACGCAAGAGAAGAGCAUCGAAGCUGGCGUUGUCCGGAUCAUACAAAUAUUUGGUGCUUCGUUGAGAAUCUCGAGAUCAUGCAAUCUAGCAAAUUUGCAGCUUCGAUUCCUCUCUCCCGCGUUUAA